AUGCUUAUCUCCCCGGAUAACGGUCUCAUCUUAUACGAGCGCGUUAUCUCAACAAAGGCAGAGCAUCACUUGCUGGACAAAUUGACCAAACCCAAGGACUACUUCAGUAAGGAGCGGGCCUCCGUGACCGCCACCACGGUGUUCACCUGGGGCAACCGGUACAAGAUUGGGGACUACGGGACGGGUCGUGAAGGGAUUGGGGGAGGAGGAGGAGGAGGAGGCGGAGGAGGAGGGGGGAUCAUGCACGGCGUGGGUAUCGGUGUUGGCGCACGCAGCACGGGGGACGCGGACCGCACGGUGUUUUCUGCUUACGCCCCCCUGCAACAGAAACCGCCGCUGCGGCUGUGA